AUGGGUGACAGGGGCAUGCAUGUUUCUGUGUGUGUACAUGCAUGCGCGUGUAUGUGUGUGUGCGUGCAUGCACGCAUGUGUAAACAGAGGGAGCCGUCUGCGCGUGUGUGCUGGGUGUGUGCAGACAGGAGCAUGCGGGUGAUGCUGGGAUAAGCAGCGGCAGCUGCCGGGGCUGGGUGCCCACUAUGGUCUGAGCAUCCACCAUGUGCUGACAAGAAGGGACCAAUGUGGCACCGUCCCCACCCAGCCCCUGCUACAUGCAGCCGCUGACCAGGUGCCAGCAGUCCUAGAGGUGCCCAUGCCUUCCCUCAACGUGCUGAGGAGGAACAGAGCCAGACAGCGCUGCGUCCCACAUGCUCACUGGUGGCCCCCAGCAGUUCUGCCUGUCAGCCCAAGGGACAGAUCCGUAGGCGGCUCAUGGGCAGUGACAGGGGCUCCCAGAAGUGGCCAGGGCCCACCUGCCUGCUAUGCUGCCCUGUAGGCCAGCCCAGGAGUUCAGCUUCGGGCCUCGCACGCUGCGGGAUGCCCUGGUGUCCAGCGACACAGGACUGCAGCGGUGCUACGCUGCCACCUUCUCCCUGGCUGAGCGGCUGUUCCUGGCUGAGGCCUACAACCCACACAGGACCCUCUUUCAUCCGCUGCUCAUCUACUCGGCUUUCGACUGGUUCCUGAGCCGCCCUGAAGCCCCCGAGGACUUUGACACCUUCCACGCCUCCCUGCCACACCGCCCACAGAGUCCGGCACGCAAGCACAUUUAUCUGCAGCCCAUAGAUGUGAAUGAGGCGCCUCUGGGCUGCCCCCUGCUGGACUACCUGCGGAGCUGCGCCGAGGCCUUCUUCCUGGGCCUGCGGGUCAAGUGCCUGCCCUCUGUGACUGCUGAGUCCAUCCGCUGCUCCGCACGCCCCCGCCGGGACUCAGACGGGCUGCAGCUGCACACAGAUGGCAUCCUGUCCUUCCUGAAAAACAACAAGCCGGAUGAUGCACUGUGUGUGCUGGGCCUCACAUUGUCCGACCUGUACCCCUGUGACGCCUGGAGCUUCACCUUCAGCACCUUCCUUCCAGGGCAUGAGGUGGGCAUCUGCAGCUUUGCCCGGUUUGCAGGGGAGUUGCCACAGGUGGGGCCCAGCGCUCCUGACCUGGCCGCACUGGAGGCAGCAGCAGAUGGCUCCGAGGCCCUGCUACAGGAUGGAGGCCAGAGGCUGUGCUUCAGCACCCUGGGGGCGGUACAGUGCUGCAAGGUCACAUGCCACGAGCUCUGCCACCUGCUGGGCCUGGGGAACUGCCGCUGGCUGCGCUGUCUCAUGCAGGGGGCACUCAGCCUGGAAGAGGUCCUGCGGUGGCCCCUGGACCUCUGCCCCAUCUGCCUACGGAAGCUACAGUAUGUAGUGGGCUUCCAGCUCCUGGACAGGUACAAGAGACUCUACACUUGGACCCAGGCAGUAGCGGGGACAUGGCCCAGCCCCGAGGCUGGGGAGCCGUCUGUGUCUGAGACCACCUUGCCUGUCAGCGCUGACUCAGGCAUGUGCUGUGAGAGCGACUCAGAGCCGGGCACCAGCCUGUCCGAGCCUGGCACACCUGAUGUGUGGAGUCACACCUUCUCAGAGGGGCCGGAGGAUGAGCUGAGCUCCCUGGCGGCCACAGAGGUGCUGCCAAGGCUUGGGGGCCCCAUGGAGGCCAUUGAGGAGCAUGGGCGGUGGCUGGCCACAUGCAUUGAGGCUCUGGAGCGGGAGGUGGCUGAGGAGGAGCUGGCACAGGUGGACAGGGCUGUGGAUGUCCUGGAGCCGUGGGAAAUGUUCACAGGGCAGCUCCCAGCUACCAGGCAGGACCGACCCUGUGGCAGGGACAGUGCAGGGCUGCGCAAGGUCCUGGGGGACAAGUUCUCCUCCCUGAAACGGCGCCUGAGUGUGCGCAGGCUCUCCAAGGCGGAGUCCUCCCCCAGCCGCUGGGAUGGGGAGGAGAAGUAGUACAGUGAGGUGGCCUGCGGGGCCGAAAGCUCCCUUCCAGAGCUGAACGGGUCCUUCCUGCAGGUCCUUUAGGUCCUUGUGUCCACUCUGGCCAUGGGCACCUGUGGCACAGCACCCUUGGCCUUCCUCUGCUGGCGGGAGGCCCUGCUGGUCCCUCCAGUCAGGGCCUCAGGGGCAUCUAGGGGCUUGGCAGCUGCCCACGCACUCCCUGGGGGAAGCGUGGCUUGUUUCUGCAGUGCCCUGCUGCCCGCAUAGUCGCGUACUGUGGCAGAAGCAGGGCUCCCUCCUUGGAACUUCAAGGCGUCACUUGAAGCCGGUACCCACUGGGCCUGCAGUUUCUCUGACAGCUGCUGCAUGAGGAAGGCAUCAGAUUUCAGGGCUGAGGAUAGGAAGGCUGAGGAUAGGAAGGAAGAGGCCCUCGGCCUUGGAGGUCACUGCACGCCGUCACUGGCAGUGGCAGAAACAGGCUGCUGUGAGGUUUUGGGGGAGUUUUCUGACAAAGGCGGCUGCACUGUUGAUUCCAGUCAGGCCAAGGCCGGGAUGGGUGUCCAAUGCAUCCAUCUUUAUAGACGUUUUGCUCUGUGAUCUGGUUCUAUCAGUUCCGGCCACAGGGGUGUUAAAAUCCAUCACAGCUAUAGCUAUAGAGCUGUCUGCCUCCCUUCACUUUCGUGUCAUGUGUUUUGAAGCUCUUUUGCAUGCACACACUCAUUUGUGUUCCUGAAGUGACCAGUCAUCAUCGGUGUCCUGGCCUGCAGUAUCAGAGUCACAGGGAGAGACGUUCUUGUGGCAGAAUCCUUGGCUUUGCCACCUGAAAAGAGCUGAGGACAGCAGCUUGUGCAUCUGCUGGGUGGGGAGCACAGACAGCUUUGAGGCUUCUAAGAGGAACAGGCCACAGCGAAAAUAUAAGAGGCCAGGCAGGGGCACGGAUGCCUCCCUGUGAACCUGACAGGGGCCUGAUGGUGUAAUGCUGGCCCCUGCGUCCAGCGUGGGUAGAGGGAGAGGAAACAGCUCACAGCACAGCAGCAGUACAAGGACCUCAUCAGCCCCUUGCUCUGAUUUGACUCCAGAGAGACUGCCCAACUGGAACAGGGUGAAGGGAGCUGGUGGCAGGCCAGGUCUUUGAAAAGUGAGCCCUGAGGGGCUGGGGAUUUAGCUCAGCGGCAUAAGCACUUGCCUUGCAAGCAGGCGGUCGUGAGUUUGUUCCCCAGUACCGAUAAAAAUGAAAAAGACAAAAAAAUAAAAUAGAAUAAAGUAAAAAAAAAAAAAUGAGCCCUGGGAGAUGCCAGUAGCAGGCAACAUGGCACCAGGAGUGGAAGGCCAGGCCCGGAUGCCAUUGCCCAGGAAUGCAGUUUGGGCAGAGCUGGGUGGGGAGGCAGCCACAAGCAUGGUUGGAACCUCAGGCUUCAGUUCAGGGUCCUAGAUCUCCUUAUCACACGGCAUAGCCCUCCUGACUCAGCUUACAGUUUCAGAAUGUCACUUCUGCUCCCCCUCUGGGCAGUCUGUCUGGGACAGGUAAAGAGCAAAUGGGGAAGAGCGCCAUGGGAGGAGGGCAGAGGAGGUGACAGUGAGUGCUACUGUGUUAGUAAAGGCACAGCUCGCAAGUCUCCCUGAGGUCCUCCACGCUGAGGCAGGACACAGCUGUACACCGAGACGUUUACAGAUGAUGACUCCACAUCACAGGGCCAUGUGGGCUUUCCAUGUCAUUUCUUUUUUUGGGGUACUGGGGAUUAGCCCAGGGCCUUCACACUGAGCUACAUCCCCAGCCCUUUUAAAAACUUUUUAUUUUGAGUCAAGUUCUGAGUUGCUCAGCUUGGGCUUGAACUUGCAAUCCUCUCGUUUUAGCCUCCAAGUAUAAAACUUUCUUUAAAAACUUGGCAAAGUUAGGCUGGGGACAGAACACCCAGUAGUAGAAUGCUUGCCUAACAUGCAUGCAGCUCUGGGCCCCAUCCCAGAACUGCCAAGGCCGGAGAAAUGGCAGCACACAUAAUCAGCUUAAUUGCUUCCUCAUUUCCGUAUCUGUUGAGACUCCCCCGGGCCAGGUCAUCCAGCCUGGUGGUCCUCCUGAGACCCUCUGUGUCUCAGUCAGGCUGUGGCGGAGGUGAGCAUGGGUCCUGUAUCUGGCAGCCCCAUGCCUGGAGCCCAGCCUCACUGUGGGAGAAGCACUCUGCUUGUAUGGUGGAGACCUCAGGGGGCAGGAGGGUGAGCAGCUCUGCACCUAUCUCCAGAGCAACAAUGGGGUGGGUGGUAUGUGAAUCCUGUCUGUAGACAUCAAGGCAAAACUCUCAGUGACACAUACACACGCACACACACGCAGACAUGCCUAGCCAAGCUGCUAAUGGGAAGCUGAGGGUCCAGAUUUAGAUCCUACCAAACUCCCAGGAGCUGCUGGAAUGUGCCACGGACAGAAGGUCUGUGCACUGUGCCCAGACGAAGUGCCCUCCAGACCUAACAGGUAGGCAGGCACAAGCAGACCUCUGAGACCAGCUGCUGGCCCCAUGCCUGCUCAGGAAGGAUGGAACAGUGGAGCCCUCCUGAAGUGCUGGGGUACUUUACAUCUAUCACUGUGUUCUCAAAACAGCAGCACAAGGCAGAGGCUAUUAGCCCACUUCAUGUUUGCAGAAGCCCGUGUGGACAGGGGUGCUUACUUGCAGAGCCCCAACAGUGCAGAGCUGAGCACAGAGCUGAGCAUAGGCUCUGUUUGCCUGAGUCCACCCUGGCUCCCAAGACCACCAGGAAGUGUGGUGGCUGCUACACCACCAAGCCCACGGAGGAAUGAGGAAUGUGGAGAGGGUAGCCAGCACUCGGGUGAGGAUGCCAACCAAAACCAAGCCCAGAGCUGCUGGGGCUUCGUGGACUAGGUACCAAGACAGGAGUCCCCAACUGGAACGCUUCCUUCCCAUAAAGAUGGAGCAGCAGGGCUCCCGGAGGCAGCACCUGAACCUGGUGGACAGAGCCUUGUUCCACGGGGCUCCCUAUGUGGUGACAGCGAGGUGGGGAGGAUGCUUGGGGGACAGCAGCUCCUGGAGCUGGGCUCCCAUUGGGCAUUUUAGCUUGGUCCCUGUGGAAGCAACUAUACACACAGGGAUCUGGUCUCAAGGAAACAGCCUUUGGGACAACAGGCUGAAAAGGUCCACACUACCCGUAGCUGAGGAAAUGCCCUGCCUCGCUGUGAAAACCUGGCUUUGACAGCAGAAUAAAUACAAACAGCAAGGAGAA